ACUACUUUUUGCUACUUUCUCUGAACAUCUGCUGCUGCAGUGAAGAAACACAGAGAAGAAGAAUAUGAAGAAAAUCAAAUUCAAAUCCAUUUUCAUAUCCAAUUGCUUACUUCUUCUUCUUCUUCUUCUUCUUCUUCAAUCACCAAUUUCUAGAGCCGAAUCCGCCAUUGAAGAACAACAAGUUCACAUCAAAGCAUCCGAUUUUCCAAAUGGGUUUCUCUUUGGAGCUUCCACUUCUGCGUAUCAAAUCGAAGGAGCGGUUGUUGAAGAUGGCAAGAGUGUAAGCAACUGGGAUAUUUUCUGCAGGACUGAUGGUCGAAUUUCAGAUGGGACAAAUGGUGAUGUAGCUGAUGAUCACUACCAUCGUUAUAUGGAAGAUAUUGAGAUAAUGCAUUCACUUGGGUUGACUGCUUACCGAUUCUCGAUUUCGUGGAGUCGAAUUCUUCCUAGAGGGAGAUUCGGUGGGGUUAAUCAAGCUGCUAUAAUCUUCUACAACAGUAUAAUCGAUAAUCUCGUAGUUCGAGGUAUCGAGCCUUUUGUGACAAUUUUCCACCAUGAAUAUCCACAAGAACUCGAAGAUAGAUUCGGAGGGUGGCUCAGUCCACUAAUGCAGGAAGAGUUUGUACAUCUAGCGGAAAUGUGUUUCAAAUAUUUUGCCGACCGAGUGAAAUACUGGAUCACAAUAAACGAACCGAAUUUAUUUUCGGAAAUGGGGUACGAAAGGGCGACGUAUCCGCCCGCUCGAUGCUCGCCUCCUUUUGGUAACUGUGCCACUGGAAAUUCCGAUAGCGAGCCUUUGAUUGUUGUCCAUAAUAUGUUGUUAGGACAUGCUAAAGCUGCUAAAUUGUACCGUGACCAGUUUAAGUCGAAGGUGGACGGUUUAAUGAGUAUUGCCGUAUGCGCAUUUAUGUACACACCACUGACCGAUAACAUGUAUGACAAGGAAGCUGCAAAACGGGCCUUGGCUUUUAAUGUUGCUUGGACUUUGGAUCCACUUGUAUAUGGGGAUUACCCUCAAGAAAUGAAAAAUUAUCACGGAAGCGAAUUACCGAGUUUUUCGUCCGAGGAAAAAGAGCUUUUGAAAGAUAGUAUAGACUUUAUCGGAAUAAACCAUUACGGUGUACUCUAUGCAAAGGAUUGUGUACACUCGAGUUGCCCAUGCAACGACUCUAGCUGCACCCAAGGUAGCGAUCGUCCGAUUCGCGGGUUCGUGUACACCACCGGAGAGAGGAACGGCAUUCCAAUUGGCGAACGGACGGGGAUGUCUCGUUUUUUUGUUGUGCCGAGUGGCAUGGAAGAUAUUGUGGAUUAUGUUAAAGAAAGAUACAAUAACAAGACAAUGUUCGUCACCGAAAAUGGUUAUUCAUCUCCGAACGAUGAAGAUGAUAUUUACGAGCAUGAUGUGAAGAGAAUUCAAUAUCAUCGGUCCUAUCUUGAAUAUCUAGCUCAAGCUAUAAGGAAGGGAGCUGAUGUACGAGGAUAUUUCAUAUGGAGCUUGAUGGAUAAUUUCGAAUGGUCGAGCGGAUAUGCAAUUAAAUUCGGAUUAUAUCACAUUGAUCGAUUAACAUUAAACAGGAUCCCGAAAUUGUCGGCUAAUUGGUACAGAGAUUUCUUAGGCAAUUCAAGCAUUGUUGUUGAUGCAGAUUCGUCUAUCGCAAUUUCAUACGAAAACACAGAUUUAUCUCGGGUUCAAUCUCAAUGAUUUUUUUUUUUGUUUGUCCUAAAUUUGUGUUUUGUUUGCUUACACUCAAAUAUGUUGUGAAUUGUGAUCAUAAUUAAACUUGCCAGCUUUUGUUA